CCGGCGCGGAACUACUACCCCAUUUCUUUCAUCGGGGUGGACACUGCCGGAGGAUGUUAUGCACGAUCUGCACAAUUAUGAUCGUCGAAAGAGGCUAUCUUCCCGGUUGUACGCUGCCACUAUGCCAUAUAGCGACAACAUGGAUCCACAAUCGUCAUCUGGAUGUCUUAAAGCCGAAUACGACGAUUCGACAAAAUCCGAAUAAAGUCUAGGGAAGGUAAUGCUCGUCGGGAAGAGGGGACGGGAAGAGGCGAUCCUACAUAAGGGGUCCUCCCCACCUAACGACGGUGGUAAUAGAGGGCUUUAGCCAUUACAUGUAGCUUCUCCAGCAAAUCCAACACGAUGGCUUCACAGGAAGUAUACAAUAGACUGCACCAUGAGCUUGAGGAAAGAUGGCCAGUCGUUGCCAUCACGGCCCUGACGCUCCUGGCGGCUCUUGUUCUCCCUGGGCUGAUGAAGACGAAUCAUCUCAAGGCGAUCCCACUGGUCGGAGGCGGCCAGUUCUCUUUCCUUAAGGGCGGAUGGGACGUCUAUGCCCAAGGCUACAACAAGUUCAAGAAAAGCACAUUCCGCAUCAAGAGCGCGAGGAAAUCACCCAUCGUCGUCGUCUCGCCCGUCUUUCUGGGCGAACUCAAGAAACUCCCCGACGAUGUCCUCAGCUUCGCCAAGUCUGUCGACGAGUCCAUGCAGACCAAGUACACCGGCGUGGAGGCCGACGUCCCAGCCAUUCCUCACGUCGUCAAGACGGGUCUCACACCUGCCCUCGUCCGCCUCAACCCUACCAUCUCGGACGAGGUCGUCGAGUCGAUGCGCAUGGAGCUGCCGCAGACCAGCAACUGGGAAGAAGUCUGUAUCAACGACAAGCUCCUUCGCAUCGUAGCAAUGGCGUCUGGUCGUAUCUUCAUUGGGCCCGAGCUAUGUCGAGAUGAGAGGUACCUAGAUGCGUCGAUCAACUACACAAUCGAUCUCAUGACGGCCGUCCACCUCAUCAGUUUCACGCCCUCGUGGCUUCGCCCGCUCGUCGCACCGAUCCUCCCACCCGUCCGCAAGUUACAUCGGAGGAUCAAGGAGGCGGAUGCGUUCCUUCGACCCGUCGUGGCCGCGCGGAGGGAGGCGGCCAAGAGCCCAGACUACCAGGAGCCCGAUGACAUGCUCCAGUGGCUCAUGAACUCGCAGGCCAAAUUUGGAGCGAAGAAUGACAAGGAGCUGGCGAAGAAUCAGCUGGGCAUCAGCUUUGCGGCCAUUCACACAACAACUCUGACAACUCUGAAUGCAUUUUAUAACUUGGCCGCCGACCCCAGCCUGGUACCGAUGCUGCGAGAGGAUGUCCAACAGGCCCUCGCCGAGACUGAUGGGGUGUUUACCAACAUCGCCUUGCAGAACAUGAAGAAACUCGACAGUUUCUUGAAGGAGACUUUGCGAGUCUAUCCUCUGGGUGCCGCUUCAUUCCAGCGCAUGGUCCUCAAGGACUUCACCCUCUCCAAUGGCCAAGUGAUCCCAGCCGGGUGCAUCAUCGAGGUCCCCUCGGGCAUCGUCAAUGUCGACCCCGAAGUGCACGACAGCCCGGAGCAAUUCGAUGCCCUGCGCUACUACAACAUGCGCAUAGCCAAGGGCGAGCAGGACUCCGCCACCAAGACGGCCGAGGUCGUUGCGAAUUCGCAGUUUGUCAGCGUCGGGACGUCGAGCUUGACGUUUGGGUACGGACGCCACGCCUGUCCUGGGAGGUUCUUUGCCGUGAACGAGAUCAAGAUGAUCAUGGCCACGGCUCUGCUGCAUUACGACGUGAAGAAUGUGGAGGGGCAGGAGGAGAGAAUCCCCAACUGGAAGUUUGGGUCGCAGUCGAUCCCCGACAGCAAGGGGAAGAUCCUCAUGCGAAAGCUUUAGGAUCGAAGCUACUCGAGACAGAGACACGGUCAAUAAGUGAAAGACAAUAUGCAGCAUAAAAGU